UCGUUAAAUUUAACGUUAUUGUUCCAACAAUAAAUAAUCCCAAUCAUAUUUAUACACCAGGACUCCUUAGAAACAAAUGAAAGAUUCACAUUUCAGCAGCUAAAUUCUCUCUCUCUCUCUCCCUCUCACAGUCUCAGUCUCCACUCACGCGGCUUUCUGAAGGAGAGAUCUUCGGGAUCGAUUUUUAUCCUGCAACCUUUUCCAUUUCGUUUGACCAAAGAUGGGAAGAGAAUGAGGAUUACCUUUCAUACGAUUAUCAUGUCUGUGUUCUCCUCCUCGUCUUUCUCCGAUUGCUGCUCCGAGCUUCUCUGCGGUGAAGACGCCGGUCUUUUAGAUGGGGACUCGCCGGAAUACUUCUCCCCGGAUCUCGAACUCCCGGAGAACAUCGAGGAGUCGAUCGCGGGAUUCGUUAAGGAAGAAGGGGAUUACAUGCCUGGAUUGGACUAUCCUACCAGGUUUCGGUCUCGCGAGCUCGACGCUUCCGGUCGAGAAGAAUCCAUUGCAUGGAUUCUUAAGGUUCAUGCGUUCUAUCAUUUCCAGCCUUUAACGGCUUAUCUCUCCGUCAACUACUUUGAUCGUUUCCUCUCCUCCAGUCGUUUGCCGCAAGCAAAAGGACGAGGGUGGCCAUUACAACUGUUAUCUGUUUCAUGUUUGUCUUUGGCUGCUAAAAUGGAGGAAGCACUUGUACCUUCUCUUCUGGAUCUCCAGGUGGAAGGAGCAAAGUUCAUAUUUGAGGGGAAGACUAUCCGUAGAAUGGAGCUUCUGGUUUUGUCUGCUUUGGAUUGGAGGCUCCGUUCCGUAACACCUUUCGACUUCAUCACUUUCUUCGCCCACAAAGUCGACCUAACUGCUACUUUUAUAGCUCUCCUCGUCUCACGAGCCACUUAUACUAUUCUAACCACUAUCCGAGAGAUAAAGUUUCUGGACUACGGGCCAUCAUCGUUGGCUGCCGCAGCUAUACUUUGUGCGGCCCAUGAGAUACCAAACCUGCCGGUUGCUGUUAACCCAGGAAGUGCAGGAUCCUGGUGCGACGGACUAAACAAAGACAUGAUUAUGAGUUGCUACCGGCUAAUGCAACAAAUUGUGAUCAACCACGGUGGCCAGAGAAAGAUUCCCAAAGUCCUACCCCAGCUCAGAGUCACAACCCUAACCAGGAUCCGGUCAGGCAGCUCAUCUUCCUCGUCUUCAUCCCCAUCCAGCAAAAGGAAAAAGCUAGACAGCUACUCGUGGGUAAUGGAUGACAAGAACAACUUUCUCAACUCUGAAAGAAAGUGAGAUUGAUGGAGGUGGGAAAAAAUAUUUGUUGGCCCAAGGGUAUCUAGAAUCCUCAAAUAUUUUUGGGUGGGAGGAUUUUAAGAGUGAAUUGACCAUAUGGUUGCUGUAGAGUUUUGGUGUAUUGGGUAUGGAGAGUUUUGGAUUUUUUUGGUUUUCUUUUUCUUUUAUUAGGUUGGGGUUUGUGCAUUCCCUUAAUUAAUGGGGUUGAUGAUAGUAGUUGCAGAUUCCCAAGGGGAGUCUUAUAUAUAUUUGGAAGUUCUUUUCAUUUUAAAGAGAGAGAGAGAGAGGCAUUCAUAAGUGGAGUGAGUACUCAUCAUGAAGUGGGGAUUGAAUUCAAAGACAACAUUCAUUGUUGAAUGAAAGAAAAAGGAAGGAGUUGGUGGGGUCAGAGCAGGAGGGAGUUUUGGGAUGUAAUGAAUGAGGCAUGCAUGAACUGGGUUGGGAAAAUAAGGGCUUGAAGUUUGAGCCUGUGUGUUCGUGUUCGUGUUCGUGUUCAUUCAUGGUCAUGGUUGUUAGAUAAAGUCAAGCCUGUCAUUCAGAAAUCAGAGGCCACCAUUAUUGCUUUCAGCUCCCCCCUCCCCCUUUGUUAAAUGUAGGCUGGAGGUGUAAAGACAGAAAGAGAAAUAACAAUAAGAUCCUUAUGUAAUAAAUAUAUAGAGAGAGAGACAGAGAGAUGUGUCCACGCUUAUGGGUGCGUGUCACACGUGUAUGUGUAUGUAUGCUUGGUUUUUUAGCGGGAAAGCCUCUUUCUAAUGGCCAAACUUUGGCUGUGGUGCCCAUAGGCGUGUGAAGUUGCAUGUGUGUAUUUUUUUUUAUUUUUUUUAUUUUUUUAUUUUGGAAGGGAAAAUGCCACCUUGAAUGUUCCAAGUUUGGCCCUUGAAAACAUAAAGGUCUUUGGGACCUUUAAAAGCAUAAAGGCUUGUUAUGUAAUUUGCGAGAUAUCAACAAUGGAAUUUUUAAAUA